AUGCAUGUUCUACUUGUGCCGCAUGCAUUUGAAUUAUGCACAGCAGCCAUUAUCAUGCUAGUAUUAAUGCUUUGGCCAGUAUAUAUUUGCCGAGAAAUAACAGAUAUUGAACUUGAGGAAGCUUACAUUAAUGAUAAGCAAUGCGCACUAGAAUUACACGAACAUCUAGAAUUGGUUCAAAAUGAUACAAUCGUCCAGAUUCUACAACGAUUUGAUGAUGGCACUGAUAACAUCACUUGGCUAAAUAUUCAACAUGAAUACCAUUAUCAGAAGUCUAGUGUUAACAGUAUUUGUGCAAUGCUUGGAUUCCGUGAACGAUUUGGUACUGCAAAUGGGCAACUAGGAUCCGCUCAUUUGUUAAUACCAAUAGUUGGUGCUAUAAUAACUAUAUUCUUUUUGUGCGCGCAUAUUUUUGAAAUUGUAACAGAAAAGGACGAAUCAUCGUUAGCAGUUCAACUUUUUUGUGGGCUCAUUUGUUGGCUUAUCAUUUCUGUCUCACUAACUAUUAUUGAUUUCAACUGGAAUGGUACGAAUAAAAUGUUACGAAAUUUGGGCGCACCUUUUCCGCUUGAAUGGAAAAUUUCCAAAUACAUUGCAUGGUUUUGGGCUUGCAUUAAAAUCAUCGAAUUACUUUUGGCCAAUUGCUGUCAAAAUAUCAUAAUUAAGUUUGAUAAGCCAAUCAGCUUAAUGAUUGUGGACUUGUCAACUGAUUACGUGUUUCUCGAUGAGAAUGCACCACCCUAUCCAAAUGAAUACAAUACAAUGGAUAGUGCUGUUGACCUUAUGUGA